AUGACAAUUCCUGCUGCUCAUUCCCCUGUGCUUGAAAAUUACCGCUCCCUUAUAACUCGUCUGCUUCUGGUCGAACCUCGGCAGUUGGAUGCAGCCUACAAGCUUGAAACAUGUGCAUUGCCAGCUGUUUUGGGUUCGUCUGCUUUACACGAUAUCCGUGGCAGCAAAGCCUACCGCUCGUGGGUGUGCACAACAACCUUUCCAAUCUUCUACCCCCUCGCAACUCUUCCGCUUCUUCAAGACGAGGACAAGGUGUCGCCCCGACACGCCUCGACCGCCAACACCACCUCCUCCGCUCCGAGCUCAAUCACCACCACCACGCCACCGCACCGAUUUCCAAACUCCACGGACACCAAACUCUACCGGACACCGCCGCCGCCGCGAUUAAAAGCGGCCGCAACAUUCCGCCUGGAACGAGUUCCCGCCUGCGUCACCUGGUGCAUCCGGGUUGAGACCCUCUGUCCCUACUACAAUCCCGCAGAUUCCACCUCCAACGGAGGCGAGCCUACAUUCCUCUGUGACGGUGCGUGCUUCUCAAAGCUCUUUUUUGCACAUCCAGUCUAA